AUGAUUCGCGGGUACCAUCCGAUACUUCAGGCGUUAUUCGCCUCACUUUUCACAUGGGGCGUGACGGCACUCGGCGCGGGCGUCGUGUUCAUCAGCCGGACGCAGUCGACAAAGUUAUUAGAUAGUUCGCUCGGGUUCGCGGCGGGUGUGAUGAUCGCAGCUUCUUUCUGGUCGCUUCUGGCCCCGGCCAUCGAUAUUGCCGAGGAGACUGCGGGAUCGUUCGCCUUCGUCCCGGUGGCCGUCGGCUUUAUCUUGGGCGCCGUGUUUGUGCAUUAUGCCGACCGGAUGUUGCCGAGUUGCCUGGUGGCUGAGGAGCACCUGAUGGAGUCUCUUCACAUGAACCAGACGGAGACGCAGCUCUCGCUCGUGGCACGAGCCGACGGCGAGGAGCCAGCGGCAGCCAACGGAAAAGGGAAUGCGAGGCACGAACCGCUGGAAGACCGCGAGGUCGGGCUGGAUAGGAAUCGAGCCGGUUCGUCGGUCGUCGCUCCGGAGAAUGCAAUUAGCGACGAUAUGAAGAGCCAAAGCUGGCGCAGAAUUAUGCUGCUCGUGUUGGCCGUCACCGUCCACAAUAUUCCGGAAGGGCUGGCUGUUGGUGUCGGCUUCGGAUCGGUGGGCAAAAGUGAGAAGGCGACGUUCGACACCGCGUUCAACCUGGCCCUCGGAAUAGGGUUGCAGAAUUUCCCCGAGGGGCUGGCCGUUUCUCUCCCCCUGGCAGCUUUCGGGCGCUCCAAGUGGAAGGCCUUUUGGUGGGGCCAGCUGUCGGGCAUGGUCGAGCCGAUCGCCGCGUUGAUGGGCGCCGCCCUCGUGGUGAUGAUGGAGCCCGUGUUGCCGUACGCGCUCGCCUUCGCCGCCGGCGCCAUGAUUUACGUUGUGGUUGACGACAUUAUCCCCGAGGCGCAGCGCAACGGCAACGCCAAAUGGGCCUCCGUCUCGUGCAUCAUCGGCUUUGUGGUGAUGAUGUCGAUGGACGUCGGCCUGGGA